AUGGCACCAAAUGCUUCUGAGUAUGCCGCACACUAUAUGUGUGACGCUGAUCUACCUCCUGCCAAACCUAUGACGAUUGAUUUCAGCAAAGCACACAUGAGAAGUUAUUUAGCCGUCAUACCAGAUGACCUCAAAGCACACUUAACUUUAGUGUAUCCGAACCUCAAUAUGAGAUACCAGGCCAACCUGACGGAUGACGAUAAGUUGGGCUAUGAUGUGGAAUAUUGGGCGUACUCUUAUUACAAGCAUGGUGUGACCAUGGGCAUUGGGUUUUUUGAAUACCUGCAAAUGAUUUCGAAGGCAAUGCACAACAUCUCGGCCUUUGAAAUGCCGUACAAGUCUGGUGAUUUUCUAAACAUGCUCCCAGACAGGUCUGCUAUAUUGGUGGAAGUUUCAAUUGAUGAGGAUGCAAAUGUUCUGAUGCAUAGAGGGGUCACAUUCAACGGCGACAAAGACAGGACGUCUUUUCUGGUUCCUAAUGCGUAA